GGUGAAGGGGCGGGUGAGGAAGCUGUAUGGAUGACCACAAUAGGGGGGGCGGGUUGGGGUAGGAUGUGGGUGAUAUAUAAUUUGCUAAUAUUUGAACCCUUUAUAUACCGACAUGCAUACUGACACAUUUCUCUCAGACAGAUAAGCCUGGCUGGUGAGAGAGAGAGGGAGUGGGGGGUUCUGUUUCAUUAUAAUGUGGAUGAGGGGACAAGAGAGCCAGUGUUCCAAGUACCACCACCAUCACCACUGCCACCACCACCACCACCAUCAGGAGCACAGAUUCACUGAAGUCUCUACCAAGAUUUCUUUGAGUUUUUUGAUAAAUUUAACUUCCAGGAGAGAGAGAGAUGCUGAUUGUUAAAGGCAGUGUGUGAAGCCUGCCCACUGUCUUUGUAUAUACAGAAGGUGGAAUUUGAGUCGGCCAAGCCUCAGAAAUGCAGGAAGGAUUAGCGGUGAUGACUGCAGGCUGCCAUCGACCCGCAGGUGUGAUGGUGCCCGACCAGCUGGUACACAUCAGUGAGAUGGUGGUGGUGCUGGAAAACAGCUGGUUUGCCAAGUGCAGCGUCAGGCAGGCUGCCCGCCCACACAGUCACCAGAAGGAUCACAGGUCAUCACAGGAAUCAAAUGCAGCAUCAGUAUGGCUCACCAAACACUUCCCCUCACACUGGUGGUGUUGACCUGCCUUGUGAACACCUGAUCUCCUGUGCUCCUGUCCUUCACAGCUCUCCAGGUGACAUCAGAUGUGGAUGAGGGGACAAGAGAGCCAGUGUUCCAAGUACCACCACCAUCACCACUGCCACCACCACCACCACCAUCAGGAGCACAGAUUCACUGAAAAGGUGGAAUUUGAGUCGGCCAAGCCUCAGAAAUGCAGGAAGGAUUAGCGGUGAUGACUGCAGGCUGCCAUCGACCCGCAGGUGUGAUGGUGCCCGACCAGCUGGUACACAUCAGUGAGAUGGUGGUGGUGCUGGAAAACAGCUGGUUUGCCAAGUGCAGCGUCAGGCAGGCUGCCCGCCCACACAGUCACCAGAAGGAUCACAGGUCAUCACAGGAAUCAAAUGCAGCAUCAGUAUGGCUCACCAAACACUUCCCCUCACACUGGUGGUGUUGACCUGCCUUGUGAACACCUGAUCUCCUGUGCUCCUGUCCUUCACAGCUCUCCAGGUGACAUCAGAUGUGGAUGAGGGGACAAGAGAGCCAGUGUUCCAAGUACCACCACCAUCACCACUGCCACCACCACCACCACCAUCAGGAGCACAGAUUCACUGAAGUCUCUACCAAGAUUUCUUUGAGUUUUUUGAUAAAUUUAACUUCCAGGAGAGAGAGAGAGAGAGAGAGAGAUGAUUGUUACUGGCAGUGUGUGAAGCCUGCCCACUGUCUUUGUAUAUACAGAAGGUGGAAUUUGAGUUGGCCAAGCCUCAGAAAUGCAGGAAGGAUUAGCGGUGAUGACUGCAGGCUGCCAUCGACCCGCAGGUGUGAUGGUGCCCGACCAGCUGGUACACAUCAGUGAGAUGGUGGUGGUGCUGGAAAACAGCUGGUUUGCCAAGGGCAGCGCCAGGCAGGCUGCCUGCCCACACAGUCACCAGAAGGAUCACAGGUUCGGAGGCCUCCAGAGAGCUGCCCAGAGUGAAGCUUGUGGUAUAGAGGAACAGCUGCUAAUCAUCAAGCUUAUGGUGUGGCUGGAGGAAAGUGGGAGGAGCCUGGAGGGAGUGGUGGAGAUGCACGCCCCGUCCUGCAGCUUCAAGGGACUCACCUCUCCUUUCCCAGUCAUCGGUCCCUUGCUUCCUUGCCUCCUCCCACCACCACCACCACUGCUGCCAUCACCUAUGAGGGAGAGACACUGUGAUGUGGCUGCAGGUGGAUAGAUACCAGGAUAUGUGACCACCACCACCACCACCACCACCAUUGGAGAUGCCCCUCUGUAGUUGCACAUUACGGCCCUGUUGUGUACCCUGGUGGCCUUCAUAGUUGACCGGCAUACCCUUGGCCUCCAUGUCCAUCCAGCAGGAGGAAGAUGUUCUGGACACCUGGUUCUCCUCUUGCCUGUUUCCUUUUGCCUCGCUGGGCUGGCCAGGUCUGGGGAGGAGAGAGACCAUGCCUGACCUUGCUCGCUUCUACCCAACGACCUUGGUGGAGACGAGUCACGACAUCCUCUUCUUCUGGGUGAUUCAGAUGGUCAUGCUGGGACUCAACCUGACGGGGAGGCUUCCCUUUGAGGUGAGGCCAUCUGGGUCUUGUUCUCCUGCUCCUGUUCUCUGUUAUUGAUCUUGUUUUUGUUCCUUUGUGCUUUAGAAAUGCUAAACACAGGUUCCACCUGUGUUUAGAAAUGCUUUGCUCUCACCAAGACUACUUGCAAAGGCCAGAGAUACCUAGCUGGGUUCUCAAGAUUAAUAAUGUAGAAAUGUUGUUAAUCUAUCACUAGAACCAUUAAAACAUUCUUGAAAACCCGUGUUAUUUCAUCACGAGUAUUUUUUCAAGGCCACAGAGAUACCUAGCUGGG